AUUAUAAACAUCAACUUCAUGCUCCAGGAUCUGCUACCUUUUUGACGUAAAUAUGAGAUAAUUUUCUCGUCCUAGGCUCAGAUCUCGAAAGCGAAAUAUCGGAAGCGUUAAAGUGUCAACACCGAAGAUUAAAUAUGCUUUUUGUCAGGUAGAAAAUGAAAUUUUAUCACCGUAAUGGUUUUAUCAUGGCCGAACGAUCACAAACUCGCUGAAGAUGAAGGGUGUUUAACCCAAACGACAAUGGAAAGAAAGUCUGAAGUCUGGAUCGCUAGUGACUGUUGUUAAAGGACAGAAAUAUGAACGUAAAAACCGAAGACUUUACGAUCACAAGGAUCGAUUCACUGGAUCAAAACGGCGGGCUUUCCCCUGGAGGAAAAUCUGUUGGGGAUUUCUUGCCAAAACCAGAGAGCGAUCAAAGUCAAGCUUCGCCGAACAAAGAUCAUCCUUCAAAUUCGCCUUCUCUGGCCGGUCUUUUACAGCGUUUAUUAGGAUGUCUGAAACCUGUGUGGAUGAUUCUCGGUAAGGCUUCAAAAGAGCGGAAAUCAGAUUCGUGGGUUAUUCCAUUUGACGAAAUUGGCGAGCUGGAAUGGUUGGGUUCUGGCGCGCAAGGGGCAGUAUUCUUGGGACUUUAUGCUGGACAACAAGUCGCAGUGAAGAAAGUUCGUCGCGAGGCCGAUACCGACAUUAAACACUUGAGGAACAUAAAUCAUCCGAACAUUGUCAAAUUCAGAGGAAUAUGCAACCAGGCUCCAGUUCACUGCAUAGUUAUGGAAUUUUGUCCUAAUGGUCAACUAUAUGAGGUUUUACGUAAUGGACGUCAAAUCACUCCUUCCUUACUGGUGAAGUGGUCAAAGCAAAUUGCAGAUGGAAUGCAUUAUCUUCAUGUUCACAAAAUUAUUCACCGGGAUUUGAAGUCUCCAAAUGUCCUUGUUGGUGCAGAUGACCUGCUCAAAAUAUCUGACUUUGGUACCUGUAAGGAAUUCAGUGAAAAGAGUGCUAAGAUGACAUUUGCUGGAACUGUUGCUUGGAUGGCUCCUGAAGUUAUCAGAAAUGAGCCCUGCUCUGAGAAGGUUGAUGUAUGGUCAUUUGGUGUCCUUUUGUGGGAGUUACUCACAGGAGAAAUGCCCUACAGGGAUGUGGAUUCCUCUGCCAUAAUCUGGGGAGUUGGCAGCAACAGUUUACAUCUCCCUGUGCCAACCACCUGUCCAGAAGGCUUUAAACUGCUUAUGAAACUUUGUUGGAAUAGUAAACCAAAGAAUCGGCCAUCUUUCCAACAAGUUCUUCUUCAUGUAGACAUUGCAGCUGGAGACGUGAUCAAAACUCCACAGGAGUUUUAUUUGAACCGACAAAUAACAUGGAGGGGGGAAAUCAAGGAACAGUUUGAAAAGAUGAAGAAUAGAAGCAGUGUACACAUGCAGAAUCUUCAACAACUGCAAAAACUUGACGAGGAACUCAUUAGAAGAAGGAAGGAAGAACUUCGACAUGCUCAGGAUAUCCGAGUUCAUUACGAGCAGAAGUUGGAGAGAGCUAACAGUUUGUACAAAGAAUUAAACGAAUGUAUGCAGCAUCUGGAAGCCCGAGAAAAGGAACUUCUCAGGUGAUAAUAAAGACUGAAGCUAAAGAGGGAUUUAAUUUGUUUUGGUACGGGAAAGGAAACAGUCUCAAGUACCCCGCUUGGAAUCAAAUUUGAGAUUUGAGAUCUCCUCACUCCGAUUCUCUAUCGCCUUAACAUCAAUAUGCAUAUUCUCCAUGCUGUUCUCUACACACAUCCUUAAGUGC